AUGAAGGCUACCAAGUCUCUUGCUGUUUGCCUCGCAGCACUGACGCCCUUGGCCUCUGCCUGGCCUCAGUGGCUCCCUGAGAUUGAUGCCCUAGUCGUCCGUCAGAACGACGAUGAGAGAACCACGGCUGAUGCCUCUGCUUCUGCAGAAGCCUCGGCUGCCGAGACAACCCAGGCGCCUCGAACGACGGGCUCAGCCCGCACCACCGGAUCUGGCACUGAAGAGGAGACGGCCACGACCACUGGCCGCAGGGGCGGCAGCUUGAACACGGCUGAGAUCCCGACCGGAACGAACACUAGGUCGUCAACAAGGACGACCUCGAUCGACGACCUUGCGGCUGCCGGCGGUAUUCAGAUGACUACCCCUGCCCCCACCGACCCGGCGCUCAAGCUUUACAAGGCUGGCAAUGACAUCACGCUGGGAUGGAACUACACCAACGUCCAGGCCGAGCCGACUGCUGUCGAUGUGCUUAUCAGCAUGGCCUUGGGCAACAACGUCUGGACUGUUACGCAGAAUAUGACCUACUCAACCAUGGGCAACAACGUCAUCUGGGAGACCGAGCAGUACGCUACAGCCGGUGCCGAGAUGGCUCUUUCGAACGGAAAAUAUACUCUCGUCGUCUACGACUCUGACGAGGGCCCUGAGGCCACUCCCCGGCCCGGCUACCUGGCCCCGUAUGACAGCUUCACUUUCGACAUUUACCUACCCAACAGCUACGAAGAUUUAAAGGAUGGUUGGACCUGUCCGACAUGUAACGCUGGUGUUCCUGCAUUUGACUCCAAGGCUGUUGGUUUCGCCCUGACUAUGAGUGUCGCGACGGUAGCAAGCUUCACCUGGUUCGUAUCGGGUACCAUUUUUUAA